CACUGACUGACUCAUCUUUAUUCACAUCUUAAAUCAAAUCAAAAUCAGUUUUAUUAUUUUGUUUCUUCUUAAUGUUCAGUAUGGCGUUAAUUUAAGUGAAUAGUGAAAAAGUAAUCUAGAUUUCCAUGUUAUACACACGGUAAUUUAACUAAGAGUAUCGAUUGUCUUGGUGACAGGAAGUGCUACGCACAGGUUAUAAGUCUUGUUUGUUUUUAUCAUAAAAUCGAGGCAUAAUGGCUGAGAAGAAAAUUCAAGAAAAUCCCUUACCAGAAGUACAAAUUGAAUCAGAACCCAAAGACAUGGCUAAUGCUAUACCCGAAAAGCCCACAGCUGCCACCGAAAAGCCCACAGCUGCCACCGAAAAGCCAACAACCGUUCCCAUACCGCCCGUAACACCAUCUGCACCUCGAGUCUCCGUACCAUCAUUCACAAAGACGGCUCCAAAUGAUUUGUACAGGAGACUGUUGCCUGCGGUUUUGUUUGUGCUCACAUUCGUUACGGUUAUGACCAUGUUGCUCAUUUACAUGGACACUGUUGCAUUAGGAGCUCAACAGUUUCGCGUAAACAUGUCUCGCGACUACGAACUAGCGCGCAUUCCAGCGGCCUCCCCCGCGCUGGUCGCUUUCGUGAGGCAGCUCCACCUGGCGCCGGCCGCGCACACCAGCGCCGCCGCGCCUCAAGAGCCGAGUAGAGCUAUUCACGUGCUGGAUACUAUAUAUGGACCUAUUCGCAACGGCACGUUCGUGGACGUGCAGCCGGCGGGCGCGCGCGACGCGGGCGCCGCGUGGCUGCGGGCGGCGCGCGCGUGGCGCGGGGUCACCGUCCGCGCCGCGCCGCGCGACUUCCUGGCGCUGCGCGGCGCGGCGCGCGCGCUGCACGCCUGCCUCAGCCCCACGCCGCACCCGCGGGAGGUCACAUAUCUGGAACCGGAGACUCAGUCUACUCUGUUCAGUUCACGAGUACUGUGCCUGCCUCUAGUCACCAUCUUGUUGGCGGCGGACGCCACAACGGCUGAUUACGUGAUAUUGUCCGGGGACAAGGUGUUGCCGGCACUGAUGCAUCUCCCCUUCGAGGAUCACAACCUGAGAUUGCAGGUGAUAGAAGUCCGCUCAACGGAUCUGGGAUACCGGAACAAGACAACGGAAUUCCUGCUAACUAAGAACUACACCGUCGCGGCCGCAUUCGAUGACAGCAUCAUGUAUUCUCUCAAACAGGUUUGAGAACCUCCAUUUAGCGUCAUGUGGUUUUUAUUUUCUUAAAUUGUAGGUACAACAAUUAUCUAGCAAUGACAUUUAAUACUUACUAUAUUUUUUUAAACCAUACAAUUGCAUAGAAAUUGGAUCCUAUAUUUUGUCUCGUACAGACUUAAAUAAAAUAGCACCUGUUUCCCGGAGGGGUAGGCAGAGACCACAUCAUACUUCCCCCUCCCUGCAUACUUCUGCCGCUUCAUCCACAUUUGUACUGCGUCUCAUAACUUUAAAAAAAUGCAUAACCUUUUUUUUGGUUUCACAUUGAUUUGCAUAACGUUUUACAUAUAUAUAAAAUGUUAUGCGUCACGAUGGUUAUGACAUAAAAACUUUAUGCCUUAUAUAUAAAAAACCAAUACAUUAUCCAUUCCAAAAGGAAUUGACAAAAUUAAAAAAAAGGCAAGUCCUUUUUCGUCGUAAGCCCCUGGGUGCCUUUUGAUAAUAAUUCUCAAACAAAUACAAUUUAAGUAAAUAAACAUCAACUUUUUCAAUUCCUAUAUAAAUCAAUUAGUUCUGGUUAACUGUAUGUAUGGAAUUUUUUGUUCACGUUCAUCUUUAAAAUUGUCACGACACAUUAAAAAAUACAUCCUCUUAUGAAUGUGAAACGGGCGAAAAUUAACUUGUCUACACAAUUUUUUUUUUUAUUUUUUUCUAUACACAUAAUAAAUUUAGUUUUUCAUAAGAUCUCUUAUAAAAUCAAUGUCGAUUCAAACAGUAUUUAGUAGAUCUUCUUUUCGUUGUCAUAUAAGAAAUAAUAUUAAUUUAUUCCAAAUGUAUAAGAUGUGUACGUAUAGGUUUAUCGAUGUCUAAAAUUAUUUUAUAUUUUAGACCUUAUUUUAAAAAUAUAAGAUUCAAUUUAACAUUAUUGUACCACUGCCAAGCACACGCUUAAACAGUGUAACAAAGUAAAUUUCAAAAUAAUUUACAUAAUAUACACUGAUUUUUUUUGGUCGAGUUUAAACAUAGAAGUUUGGAAUAUGAAUAUCUUUAAUAUACUCGUCUCUCUCUCUCUUUUAUGUAAUGUGUCAGGGAGUGUAAGGAAAGAGACAACGCAUUUUUUGAAACAUGUUUGAACAUGACAUAAUUCCACUUUUAUUCAGUUUUUAUAAUAAAUUUCCAGUAUAAUUUACAAUUAUACAAUUAAAAUUCAUUAUCCGAUUGUAUUUAUAUAAUGAUAUUUCUUAUGAUUAAGAACAAAAGUAUUAUUAUUUUAAUUUAGUGCGCGAUCAGUUUUUUUUUUAUUGAUUUUAAUGUGAUUUCAUCUGUUUUAGUGAACUCAGUGAUAUUUUAACGAAUAUAUUGAAUCGAAUAUCUAUUUUUAUUUUGUAUUCAAGUGCCUUAUAUACUGUUUUAGUUUUAAUUAAUAAAUGAAAAAGGUAUUUUUUUAUGCGGGCUGUGUAAGGAAAUAUGAAAAAAUUACAAAAAAAUAUAUAUCUUCAUUUUUAAAAACAAGUGUCUAUAUCAUUAUGGAACUGUAAAAAAAUACUUCAGUUUUAAAUUUUACCAGCCACAUAAAAAAGUGUUACAGAAAUGGGAUGAUUUGUAAAGUUUUCUUACACAUCCCGCAAACAAAAAAGAAAAACAAUAGUUAUAUAUGACACAUAGAAUGUAGAUGCACAACUUAACUGCACCUUUAUAUUUACGGCAUGGGACUGAAGUUAAGAGUCCUAACGGCAGAUAAACGUAUGUACCGUGUUUUGUAUAAAAAACCUAAUUAAAACAGCAAAAUCAUCUUAUAUAUAAAAUUCUCAUGUCACAAUGUUCGUUCCCGUACUCCGCCGAAACGGCUUAACCGAUUCUCAUGAAAUUUUGUGAGCAUAUUGAGUAGGUCUGAGAAUCGGCCAACAUCUAUUGAUAAGGGUUGUCCACCCUUAACAUAUUUUUUUUAAAUAGGAAUUACUUAUAAAAUAUUUAUAUGGCAAAACAACGUUUGCCGGGACAGCUAGUAUAUGUUUAAAUAAAAAACAAAGCCUGUUUCCCAGAGGGGUAGGCAGAUCUCUUCAGAAUUUUAUUUAAUUGAAUUUAGGUCACUCUUGACCAGUCACUUGACCAGGAAUUCCCCGAUUUUUAUUAAUACACACAUAAUGAUAUUUCUUAUGAUUGAGAACAAAAGUAUUAUUAUUUUAAUUAAGUAUGUGCACAGGUUCUUUUUUUUUUUUGUUGAUUUUAAUGUGAUUUCAUUUCUUUUAGUGAUAGCCGUGUGGUUUUUGGCACUUUAGAAUAAAACCUCCUCCCCCAUAUCUUUCCCAUGGAUGUCGGAAAAGGCGACAAAGGAAUAGGCUAGUAAACUUAGGAUUCCUUUUAUUGGCGAUGAGCUAGCAACCUGUCAUUAUUUGAAUCUCAAUUCCGUCAUAAAGCCAUAUAGCAGAACGUGAUCUUUCAGUAUUUUCGAUACCGUUGACUCUGUCUACACCGCAAGGGAUAUAUAGACGUGACUGUAUGUGUAUAUGUAAAAUCCCGCAUCUUUCCCGGAGGUCUACCGAGACUAUAUUUUUUUUUUUCAUUUUUAAAUUGUCCGCAUUUUCAUUUAUCUGCCGUUAGAAACUGUUUGAAGCAAAAGGUGGACAAUAAAUGAUGGUUUGUGCAAAGGUUGUUGAUAGAUAGUGUAGUUAGAUAACAGGCGUUGAUAUAAAUCAAGCCGAGCACAUUGUAUUAUGGCUCGGAUGACUCGGCAAAUACAUAUUUUGAACCUUACAUUAAAAAUAAAUGUAUA